CAUUGGUAACAGUGAAACAGUUUAUUUACAGUGUGGGAUCGUUUGUGUUCGGAGUAUGAACUGAGAUUCCUGAAGCUCUUGUCACACUGGUCACAGCUGAAGUUCACUUCCAUGUGUGUACGUUCAUGUUUGUUACGAUGACCUGAUUGUGAGAAGCUUGUGUCACAGUGUCUGCACUUGUAUGGUGUCUCUCCUGUGCGGAUUCGCUUAUGCUUUUUCAUUAAGCUCAUGUCCAGUGGUGAAGGAUGACCCACACUGGUCACAGAUGUGCUUUUUGACCCCACUAUGGAAGAGUUCAUGUAUUUUUAAUGUACUUGGUGUGUGGAAGCCUCUCCCACAUUCUUUGCAGUAGUUCAUUUUGUCUCCAGUGUGGCUACACAACCCGUUCUCACUCCCGACGCGUAAAAUACUGACGAUUUGUCACGUCCCUUAACUUCUCAUGCUGACGCUGAAGGUACCCUUCCACGUUUUUAUGCGACGCUGUGGGUUGUCAAUUCAUUCCAAUAUGAAGCCGCUCUCGGCGAUCAGAGACGCUUCGAGCAGAGGCUCCAGCCAUCUAUUUACUCCAAUAAUAACCCCGUCACGGCGAAACGUGACGCCUUGAAGUACAAUCUAACUGGAAAACCGGGGACCCUCUCCGCGAACGGGUUUUUCUCCCUAAUUUAAUGCUUUCUUUUAAUGACAUCGUUAACAUUUCUCAACAAAAACACAUGAAAGUAACACUGAUAAUUCAACAAUAAAAUCGCUUCAUUUUCCAAAGUGAUUCACGAUCUGAAAGUGCGCAGAUUUAACGUACAUAAUCCUUGGUUGGGUUUAUUAUUUUUAUUUCACACGUAAAACACAUUUAUAGUUUUAUUCACCACUCCUGUUAGUUUUGGAUGCGCUCGGCUCCAACCAAUCAGACGCAACCGGUGUAAGCAAAGGAUGAUGGGAGAACGGAGAGACCCGUUUAUAAGAAUAAGAAAAGGAGGCGGAGUUGAUUGAUUCAAAUGCAGGUAUGUAAAAAAUACAUAUAUUUAGAGUAAUAGCUUGAUGUGUGUUUCAAAGGGUUUUUUUCACAAAAGCUUCAAACAAACGGGGUGACUGAUCUCAGAAACGAUUUAAUGCAUUUAAAAAUGGCUACAGCUACCGUCAGCAUGCUUGCUAGGUAGAGUACGGUAACGACUACACGUGGCUGGUGCAGCAUUAGCCAUUUAAUCCAACGAUGAUCAUUAAAUCUAUUAUAAACAUUUAAGGACUUGUGUGUUGUAAAAGAGCCUCACAUGGUGUGUAAAGCAGUUUUUGCGCUAACAGUUCUGCUAGCUCUUUACAAACCUAUGAUGCUAACGUUAAUUGCUAACGUUAACCUGAGCGCUAAGCUUCAAGCUGCUGACGAACUCCGUCAAGACAUGCAGGUAACCUUUUUUUUUUUUGUAAAUGUGAUCUACUGGAAACAAACGUUAAAGAGGGGACACACUUGUCUUAUUGUACGUAUUAAACGUUAUAUUAUUUGAUAUAUUUAUUAUAAAUUUUAUAUAUCUGUAUAUAUGUUUCAGUAAGUAAAUAUUCUUCAAUCUCUUUUUCCCCCAUUUUCCGCAGAUCAGCAUCAAUGUCCACAUGAAGAACCUAGUUAUGUUGCCAGUGUCAACCCAACAAAAGGCACUUUCACAAUAUAUAAAAGAAGUGUAUGGAACUGAGGUGCUUCGUCAGGAGCUGCUUCAGUUGUUGGAGGAUGGAGAAGAGGACGCAGCCAUGACUUGUGAGACGGCGUCUGAGUCAGCUGCUACUCACUAGGAGAUCAGAAACAUGGUGUCCUUGCAAAAGUGGAAAGAGGCCAGGCCUUGUCUUAUAGACAAUAUGUUAGCUACUCUGGAUCCACUGUCACACCGUGUGUGUCAGUGUGGCAAACAAGUAGUUGUGAGGUGUCUGGACUGCCUUCCUCUUCCAUUCCUUUGUGCUGAGUGUGAUAUUGCAGUUCACACACGCUUUGUCCUGCACAACCGAGAGGCAGUAACAGGAGGGUUUUUGCAGCCUUCAUCAGAGUUUCACAAGCCAAUAGUUCGGCUGUUGCCUGUGCAAAGGCCAGACCAUGUGUGUGACUGCCCAGCAGGUAACGUUGAGGUUUCACCCGGCGCAGUUGUGGCUCUUGUAACCAUAAAUGGCUGUUAUAACCUUGCACUGCCAGUGGUGAGCUGCACCAGCUGUGACCUAAUGUGGUCCCCCUCAGUUAAGGACAUCCUGGGUAGUGGAUAUUGGCCUGGCACCUUAAAUUUCUGCACCCUGUUUUCAAUGGAUGUCUUUCAGUCUUUCUAUGACAUUAAGAAGGCUGCACCAGGGAUGUCACUUAAGGCAUUUGUCAAAAUGCUGGAUGAAAGAACAGCCCAUUUUGGAAGGACUGGCCGAAUAUCAGCUGAUGCCUUCAGUAAAAGCUUUGUGGAGUGGAGUGCUGUUUGAGAUGGACAGGAUGUGCAAGGAGCCAUGCGUUAGCUGCCCUGCCUGCACUCCAGACGUGCUUGCCGUCUCAGUUGAUGGAAACUGUAAGCUUUAUCGCUUUCAAUCUAAUGCAAGCACUUCAGAGCAGGGGAACUUUGAAGGUGUUUUCAUUGAAAAAGAUGAGGAAGUUGCUGAGUUUAUGAAAUACAUCCAGAGACACACAAAUGAGGUGGCUCAGCUGAGGAACCUCUUGUCAAUGCGUCCUUUUCUCUCCGUCAUGCAUGCAAAGGCUCUCAUUUGGAAAUGCGAGAUCAAAUGGGGAGGUGCGUUUCAGGAUGGGGCCGGUUCUACAACAGGAAAAGAGGUGGGACAAGUAAACAGUUUCCUGUCUAGGGCGGCCACUGAAGUACAUGUCUAAAGCAGGGUGAACAGACAUGCUGACCCUCCUGGCUUUGGGGUGGAACAAAAGGAAAGUGGAACAACUGGGCCGCAGUUUGAGCCAGAGAUAUCUCAAGAUCAUACGGAUCCUUAGAGAACAAGUGGAGAGCCUGAAUGCGACCAAAAAUGAGCUGGGUGUGGAUGACGACACACUGCAGCAAUGGGUGGCCGAUGUGCAGAAAUGGGCUGAAGAAACUGAUCAAACUGAUGGCAGCCUUGGAGCGUUGCAGGCACGAAUAGAGGAGCUUGUCGUCAUCAUCAGAGUGCGAACACAAGGUUUUUACAGACAAAAUGAUAGCAACAAGAGGCGACACAGAAUUCGCAAGGUCAUCUUAGAUGAGAAGAAACGCUUGGCGGCUGCUGUUGACGACCACAACAAGCUUGCUGAACCAACAAAGCAAAUUGUAUCCAGUGAUGCCCUCAUCCAGACCGACAUUUGGCUCUGGCAGAGCACAAGUGAACCUGCUGCAGACCUCCAGACAAAGAGAAAGGUCUUUGAGAAGGUGAUGGCUGUGAGGCGCCUGAGAGAGGAGGAGAUGAUCCUUUGCAGGGAGAUGCGGCAUCACUGGACAGUGUUGCGAAUGCGAUCUGUGGUGUUGGACAAUCUCCUCAGACUCCUCCCUUGUUGGCAUGUCGGAGGAUGCACAGAAGGGACUCCAUAGCCUGGUUUUAAAAAAACAAAGUGAACUGAAAGCUGAAAUGCUCAAAGUAAAGGACAUGUACAAGAGAAUCCUCAGCCUCCAACCACUCCUGGAAAUGGACUCGGAGGAGGAGGAGGACAUUCCAGACGAUGCCACUGAGCGUGAUUUGAGCACUUCUGAUGAAGACUGAUUGUGUCAUCCUUGAUGUUAUUUUUGGUAAAAUAAAAAGUUAAUCACA